GGCCCGAGCUUCUGCAGCUUGCAUUCAUGUUUCCCCUUCCCACACUCCAUCUCUCCCCCUUCCCCAUGUCGUCAUGUCUCCAUGUGACAGAUUCUCGGGCCCUGAGCUUCAGCUUCCACUGCCCCCCAACCCCCAGAUUCUUCGCUCUCUCUCUCGAUCUCGAAGUCAAGUCUACAUACAUCGUCCACUAAAUCCUCCACGCUUGCUGUCUCCUUUCCUCCAAUUGCCUAUCGAAUGCCAGAUGUUCUUUCUGAACCACAUUCCCAUCGACAAGAAUGGGAUGCACUUCAUCCAUCCCUGAGAUUUACACAUUCGGGAAGAAGAAGAAGAAGAAGAAGAAGCUCAACAUACAGGAAGUCGUUGUGUUCGUUCCUGCACUGCAGGUCCCUGCAGAGGUGGAUCUCCACAGGCCUCUUAAAGGUCUACUUCCCGGACAUCUCAUUGAUAGGCUUUCCGCACUCCGCCGUCAGAUAGUCUUCAUCGCUGAGGACACUGCUGGAUCAGCUGUUCCCCAAUUAAAGCAAGUUCUCGAGGAGUAUUUGCCCGUUCUUCUUGGCUUGACUAGGAAAGAACGCGAAGGUUUCGCCGAAUUCAGGUGGAGAAGUCUAGAAGAUGCACGGGAAGAAACCUGUUUGUCAAGCUCUCGGUUUGAACUGCUAUCUGUCCUCCACAUGAUGGCUGUUCUCUCACUUUCAGAGGCCAACUCAUUGCUUAUUCCAAACCGGCAAAUGGAUGAUUUGGCUAGGAAUGUAUCAGAAGACUGCAAGAAGGAAGCCAUAGAUUUAUUGUUGAAUGCAUCAGGAUACCUGGAAUUCUGCAUUCGAGAUAUACUGCCUCACCUUCACCCGGAUGUUAAGCAGAGACUGUCAAGAGACUUGCAGGGCAAUAUCUUGGACGCUAUUUCCGUCCAAGCAUUGGGUCAGGCAACUGAAAUGCAGCUUGGCUUAGCUGUUGAAAGUCAAAAUGCCACUUUGUCUGUAAAGAGGAGGUUAGCAUGUGAGCAGAUGAGUUAUUUAGCACAGGCUCACAGCCUCCUGUCGGGAUGUGAUGUUACUCAUGGAUAUGGAAAGAAGCAUCUGUUGUUCAUAAAAUGGAAAUACCUAGAAGGAAAGGCAGCAGCUUACUACUACCAUGGUUUGAUCCUGGACAAGGGUAACGAGCCAUCCAGUCACAUUAGUGCCGUCUGCUGUUUUCUUGCUGCAGAAGAACUUCUUAUUGAAAGCAAGAAAGCCUGCUUAAGCUUCUGCCUUGCGGCACCUGUGACCAGGGCUCCUCCUGUAUGGGGUGUUAUGAAGCAUUUACAUCUAAAAGUUCCUGAAGUUGCAUCCAGGAAGUCUCAAAUGUAUGGAUACCUCCUGGACCAAGAUAAGGCUCUCCAAACAUUGCCUGAUCUUCCUGAUUUCCCGGUGUCAUUAAGACCUGAUGACUACAGUUUGCCAGAAGUGGAUCCAGCAUGGGAUGUUGAAAGAUGGGAACUCCAGACUCACACCCUUAAGGAGCAUCUCAAAGAUGGUGAGUAUGAGAUGGAACCUGAAUAAACUGUUCACCUUGU